CCGGACCUGGCUCCUCAGUUGUUCCCAGACAUCAGCACUGGCAGGUGAAUCUCGAAAGCAGAUGUUGUGAGGCUGUCCCUGUGUUCACCCAUGCAUCGUGGCCAGUAGUGUUUUGCUUUAAGGACAUCGGUGUUCAUUUUUAUUCACAAUUUGCAUCUUUUUCCAGUAGUUUGAAAUAAGUACUGGACGUUCGAAAAUAGAAUUGGAUGUCAUUUUCGUAGGAUUGAUAUGCAAAGACAUCACUUUAUUUUAAGGACGACGAGACGCACGAAAUCUCCGAAAGCAAGCAAAAGAGACUUCCCAAGAGGUCGAUCUAGGACAACGACUUGGAAAAAAAGCAGCGUGAAUUAAGGCGUUGACCGGUUGUGAUGAUGAAGGCGCCUCUCAUGAACUGUUUCUCGGCGUCGUUGGCCUUCUGUCUCCUCGUUCUGUGUGGGCCGUUUGUUCUACCUUCGGUGGCUCAAGCUUACUCUUCCUACCUUCGCCAGUCUGUCUAUCGCAAGUCCUGCUACUGUGCGCGUGCGCAGUCUAUCAGAACAAAGUACUAUCGCCCCUCUGGCAGAACAGUUGCAGGUAUCAGAUUUGGCCAUUCAAGAAAUGUUGACCGCAUCCUUCACGACAGCUUUGGCACUGCUGUUUCUACCAGGAUCAGUAACCCCUCAUCUGAAUCCUGCACGUCGCUCGACCAACAGCAAGGGCGGUGCGUGUUGAUGAGCGAGUGCCCAGUCUUCAUUCCUCUGGUCGGGAACAUUCGAGAACCCGGAGUAUUUUCUUUCAUCAGGGACCGCAUUUGCAGUUUGGAGGUCACAAACGUCCGCAUCUGCUGUCCAAAUAACCCAAAUAAUGUAGCUUUACCAACAUCAGUACGACUACCAUCUUCAGGUGGCUUUGCCCAGCAAGAGACUCCAUCUCAUAUAACAUUUGGAGGAUCAACAUCAGGUGGAAGUUCCCAGGCUCUUCCUGUUGCACCUCAGCAGAACUUACCAUUGCCAAGUUUUCCUUCUCAGUCACCAAAUAAUUUUCCCAUCUCUACAACAAAUACUGCUGGGUCACUCCCUCCAACAACUCAAACUCAGAAUCCAUUCCUGCAAGGUACAGGAGACCAGAUUGCAGUGUCUCUGCCCAUUCAUCCCCAAGUUCCAUCUAACCAAAACCCACUGGCUCCAGGGACAACUCUGAGACCUCAGAAUGGCGAUUCAUUUUCUCCUAAUUCAUUACUGCCAGAUCGAACAAAUGAUGAUCAAUCUCAAGAUUCUGGCACUGGUUCUGAUAUACCACCAGAGGGAGCGUGUGGAUCAUUAGAUAAUUUAAAAACUGCAAGAGCAAAUGGGCAAUCACAUUGGCCGUGGCUUGUUGCUGUAGGCUUCUUUGAUGAGACACGAAAUUUUGAGGUUACUUGUGGAGGUGCUAUUAUUACCAAGAAGCAUGUCAUUACUGCAGCUCACUGCUUAACAGUUAGACCAAAUCCAACACAUGUUCGUGUAGGUGAUUUCGACCUAGGUAGAAACAACGAUUUGGCCAAACCCCAAGAUAUCCGCAUUGGCAAUUUCCAGACUCCAGGCUACAAAUCAGACACAUUUGCCAAUGAUAUUGCCAUUAUAACGCUUGCUCUGGACGUCACAUUUAAUGACUUUAUUCAGCCAUUGUGCCUGCCCCAUAGAUUCCGUUAUGAUGGAUUUCGUUACCAAAAUCUCAAUGUCAUUGGCUGGACCCACACUCGCUUCAGUAAAGGGAGAAGUGAUCAACCACAAAUACCAAGUGACUUCCUGUCUCCUGUAAUUGGACUUGGUGAUUGCCAAAGAAAUUACCAGAAAACUUCAAAGACUGUUGUUAUUGAUCGUACCAAUCUGUGUGCUGUUGGAGGAAUGCAGGAUGUUUGUUUGAGAGAUAGCAGUGCAUUGGCAGUAUACCAUGAUGAUGUAACUACAAACCGUAUGUAUUUGGCAGGCCUUGGUUCCUUUGGAUUUGGUUGUGAUAAACCCCAAACCCCUUAUGUUUUCACUAGAAUUGGCCAUCAUAUUCCUUGGAUACAGAGUAUAAUUUCAGAAGGAACUUUUAGAAAUUAAGUCAUUAAGUCAUGGAUGAACAAUUUAGUCAUAAAGCAUUGUAAUCAAGAGAAUUUAUGCAAAUACAGUACUUCAGAAUUGUUUGGUAACAUAUAGCAACCAAUAAAAAUAUUUCCACACCCUCAA